AUGGCGUCGUCGAGUGAACCUUCGAGCGACGCGCGCGCGGAGGCGCGCGAGGGAGACGCGGUCGCGACGGAGACGCAGGUCGUGACGGGGACGUCGUCGUGGGGGGACUGGGGAUCGUUCGAUUACAACGCGAUCGCGACGCAGAUUCAGAGUCGAGCGAGCGAGGCGCUGGGCGAACUGGACGUGCGGGCGGUGGCGGAGCAGAUUGCGGAGCGAGCGAGCGAAGCGGCGCGAGAGCUCGAGGCUCGCGCGGACGAGGCGUUUGGCGUGAGUGCACGCGCGCCGGGGGCAACGGGGACGGAGGGUGAUGCCACUGCGGCGCAGGCGACUGCACCGACGACGUCGACAAAGGUUGUUCCCGAGCCAAAGGUCGUUCCUAAGUCCAUCCCCGAACCCGCGAUGGAACCGGAGCAGGAGGAAGAGGAGGUUGAAGACGAAGAGGAGGAAACGAUCGAACCGGACGGUGCCGCGGAAAGGCUGAAAACGACGCUUAAGGAGCUCAGAUUUGUGAAGAAGCAGCUUGUCGCGCGAGAGAAUGAAAUUGCAAGACGAGCUGCGCAGCGCGCAUCUUUGGACGCGGAGCAGGAGGCGUCCGCGGAGCGUGCGGCGCUCGCGGAGCAGCAGCUCGCGGAGACCAAGGUUCGGGUGAAAGAGUUAACGGAGCAGUGCAAAGUAUUGAAAAAGAAAGCUGAUGCCCAGGCAAGCUUGGAUAUGCUUGUCAAGGAGAAGGAUGAGAUUAUCAAAGAAGUCAUGGCGGAAGGAGAGGCGCUAAGUAAAAAGCAGGCCGAAAUGGAAGGAAUAAUAAAAAAGCUGCGAAAGGAGCUCAGAGAGCGCGAUGAGCUGCAUCAUGGCUUGAGCGAGGAGACGAAGACAAAGAGUUCCUCGAUUGAAAAGCUUUCCGCAGACUUGAAGAGUGCGCGUGAGGAACACGCAGCAGAAAAAUCGCACCUAUCCAAGCAGCUCAACGAACAGAAAGAGUAUUAUUUAUCCAAAUUAGCGCAGGCCAAGGAAGAGCUCACGGACGUCGAGGUGAAGGCGAAUCUCGCACAGAGUGAAGAUUUAGCAAAGGAGCUAAAGAUGGCGCGUGAACGCGAGCAGAGUCUCCAUGAUCAGGUGUCAGAUUUGCAGCACUCAUUGCAGCGUUCGAGCGCAGCUUUAGAGCGCCAGGAAGAGAGGUUUAAGAAUGAUCUCGCCGCGGCCGAAGAGAGGUGUCAAGCCGCUGAAAGUAGUCACGAGGAAUUGCUGCGUCGAAUGCCGGAGAGCACGAGGCCGCUGCUUCGCCAGAUUGAGGCACUGCAAUUGCAAGCGGCGGAGAAUACUGAUGCUUGGGCCGCUCUGGAAAAGACAUCCGCUGCGCGCUUGGCCGAGGCUGAGAUGCGCGCCGAGGCUGCAGCGGAGCGCGAAAUCGCGGCGAAGGAUCGGCAAAUAGCAAUCGUCAAGGAGAAACAAGCCGCAGACGAGCGCAUCGAAAAGCUUCAGGUUGAGUUGAGCUCGUUGAAAGUGGAGCUGGAGGCGCAACGUGCAAAAACGUCAGCCGAGUCUCUGAAGGCGGCCAGAUUUAGCGAGUCCUUCGCGGAACAGGAAGGUCGCAUAUCAGCCAUCGAAGACGAGGCGCGAGAGCGGGAGAAUAAAGUGAAACAGUUGCUUGCCCAGGAACGAGGGAAGCACAAGCAGCUCGGCGACACGUGGGAUCGCGAGCGCGCUGAAAUGCUCGCAAACGCAGAAAAGUUAGAGAACGAGUUAAGAGCCGCUCGUGAUGACGCACAAUCGCUCCAAACCAAGCGUGGUGAUGACUUCGGCGCUUCUCAACAGUCUACGCAGCAACCGGCGGCUAUGCUCACUGGCGGCGAAGCCGGCUUGAGUCUGGCGGUUCGAGAUACGUUGGCGAUGCUGAAAAGCCAGCUCACCGCGAGAGAAACCGAGCUCCAAAUCGCUCAGGAUCAGAUAAAGAAGCUUGAGCAAACUCGCGACUCGCUCGCGAACGAGCUUGUGAAAUCUGAGCAACUUGUCGACGGCGGCGGGGACUCUGUGAGCAUCAAGUCCCUACAGGCACAGUAUGCCGCCGCACUGGAAGUCAUCGGGGAGAGAGACGAGGAGUGCGACGAACUUCGCGAUAGGAUUCAGCACCUUCGCUUGAUGCUCGACUCCCAAGCCAGUCGCAUACAGAGCCUCGAGGCCGCGACGACGUCUUUGGAGAACGAAUUCCAUCAGAUGGACUCUCGUUGA